AUGGACAUGGGUGAGCCCAGUGUGAAGGGAGAAGAGGACAAAGCCAGCNCUGCAGAGGGAGAAGGUGUGCAGCAGCUUCGAGAGGCCCUGAAGAUCCUGGCAGAGAGGGUCCUUAUCCUUGAGCACAUGAUUGGGGUCCAUGAUCCCCUGGCCUCUCCUGAGGGUGGCUCUGGGCAGGAUGCAGCCCUGAGAGCCAAUCUCAAGAUGAAGCGAGGAGGUCCUCGACCGGACNGCAUCCUGGCUGCCCUGCUGGGCCCUGACCCUGCACAAAAGAGCGCAGACCAGGCUGGCGACAGGAAGUAAGAGUCCCUCUCUCCNGUGCGAGCCCAGUCUUACAGCUGAACAGCNGCUGCAUCCUGAAGACUCCCCAUGUGGGACUGGGCAUCAAGCAGGGACCAUUGUGGAGGACAUUGGGAGCCUGGGGUCCCUGGGGAGAGAUGGUACUUCCAAGAGCAGGGCCCAGUGCUGACUAGCACCCCAACAGAGCUCUUCUCUUGCCCCUGCCCCCUACC